AUGCCUUUCUUUUCCCUCCAACAAAUACAUUAAUAGGGUUCACACGUAAAUAUCACAUGCAGAUACACCUUUUGUAAGCACUUGUCUUGCACCUCAACAUAAAAUAGGUUUAAAUAGUACAUAAAGCAUAAUAACAAAUACAGACUAACAUAGUAUAGUAAUGCGUUACUGAAAUAAACUCCAAGUAAUUCUUGGGAUGUUAAGAUAAAACCGUUUGAAUUAGAUUUUAAAAUACUUGAGCGAGCUGGUUUGAUUUAAACACAAGGCGAAACAUACUUCAUCACAAGAGGGAGAUUUUUAGUAAUUAAUCCCCAAAGGAGAAAGUCUCCUUGCAAAAGGAGUGAGGGCUGGGGCAUGUCUGGAUUUCAGCUCUCACACAAGUGUAAUAAUCACCUCUUGAAUGGAAAGCUCUGAAGCAGAUCGGAGGAGUGGUUGCUGCUGGGCUAGAAGGGAAUCUCAGACCAGGUAAACAGUGAGGGAAUUGCUGCUUCUUGAAGCGUGGGGGAACCUGAGCGAGAAAGAAUCUUUGUGUGUUGCACGGCGUUCCGCGUUCCAUUGUUCACUCCUGGCCAAUCAAUUCGCUCUCUCUCCCUCACUGCCAAUCGCCUCCGGGGGCUGCUCUGGCGGCCUGGUGAAGUCACUGCUCCCUCCCUCCCUCCUCAGAGCUGGGCCUUGGGCUGAUGCGUGCUGACGUCAUGCUGCGUAUGGGACAGGGCAGGCUCCACUUUCUAACUCCUCCAGGCUGGAGUAGUUAGUUAGCAAACAGCAGGCACUGGGCUGGCAGCCUGCUCCUUCUGCAUCAUAACAUUUUGCACACAUCUCUUUCUGCAUGGUGGAUAUUAUUUUUCAUUAUCCUUUUCUGGGUGCUAUGGGGGAUCAUUCCAAGAAAAAGCCCGGAAUUGCCAUGUGUGUGGGCUGUGGGAGUCAGAUCCAUGACCAGUACAUCCUGAAGGUCUCCCCGGACCUCGAGUGGCAUGCAGCAUGUCUCAAAUGCGCUGAAUGCAGCCAGUACUUGGAUGAAACCUGCACUUGUUUUGUGAGAGAUGGCAAGACAUACUGUAAAAGGGAUUAUAUCAGGUUAUUCGGCAUAAAGUGUGCGAAGUGCAAGGUGGGAUUCAGCAGCAGUGAUCUGGUGAUGAGAGCCCGGGAGAACGUGUAUCACAUCGAAUGUUUCCGCUGCUCCGUCUGCAGCCGCCAGCUCCUGCCCGGGGAUGAGUUCUCUCUACGGGACCACGAGCUGCUCUGCCGGGCCGACCACAGCCUGCUGCUGGAUAGGAGCUCGGCGGAUAGCCCCAGGAGCCCCGGCCAUUUACAGAGCACCAGAGGCCUGCAUCUAUCAGACUCCGUGCCCGGCCGCCAGCCCUCUCUCCGGCCCCACGUGCACAAGCAGACGGAGAAGACCACCCGCGUCCGGACGGUGCUGAACGAGAAGCAGCUGCACACGCUGCGGACCUGCUACGCGGCCAACCCGCGGCCGGACGCGCUGAUGAAGGAGCAGCUGGUGGAGAUGACCGGCCUGAGCCCCAGAGUGAUCCGGGUCUGGUUCCAGAACAAGCGCUGCAAGGACAAGAAGAAAUCCAUCCUCAUGAAGCAGCUUCAGCAGCAGCAGCACGGCGACAAGACAAGUCUGCAGGGCCUGACCGGGACCCCUCUGGUGGCCGGGAGCCCCAUCCGCCAUGAGAGCGCCGUGCAAGGCAACGCCGUGGAGGUCCAGACCUACCAGCCGCCUUGGAAAGCGCUCAGUGAAUUCGCAUUGCAGAGUGACCUGGACCAACCUGCCUUCCAGCAGCUGGUAUCCUUUUCCGAAUCUGGCUCCUUGGGUAACUCUUCCGGCAGCGAUGUGACCUCCUUGUCUUCCCAGUUACCCGACACCCCCAACAGCAUGGUACCCAGUCCUGUGGAGACGUGAGACAAGCACACACCCCCGGCGGAUUUGGACUUUCGCAUGCUCCUGCUCCCUGCAUGAGACAAGCCCGGCCUCAGGCUGGCCCAGAGCUCCAAACAAAACUUUUUAUAAUAAUAUUAUUUAAAACCAAACAAAAAUAUGUCUUGACUGCCAAAAAGCACCAGGAUUCUAGCUGCCUUCACCAGACUGGAGAGAACUCCCCCCCCCCCCUCAUCUCCCCAGCUUGUUUUCCCAACUGAUUUUUUUUCCCAGAGCAAACUUGGAUUUUCUAAAAUUAGCCCCCAGAUCACCUACUGUAUAAUGGUAGUUUGUACAUUUUUUUGUUUCGUUUUCCUUUUUGGAAGAAAAAAGGAUCUUUUGUGUCUUCCUAAGACUGGUUGGAAGCCAGUUAAAUCAUCUCAGCUCGAUGUUGUCUUUUGAGUAGUCAUCUCCAUCCCAGUGUCUCUCACAGCAUCACACGAGUGAAUUCAUUCCAUACUCUGCAUUAUCCCUGACUUGAAACCUUGUCCUGUUUUGGGUGGGGCGAGAGGACCCCCUCCCCCCAAGCCGCAUGAUUGCUGGAAAACAUAUAUAUGGAAAUGAGACUUUUAUUGAAAAUGUUAAGUUAUCUUAUGGACGGAGGACAGAUUGUUUGAGCCUUUAAAGAACAAAAGUAAGUUAUUGUUAUUUAUUGUCAGAGCAGCAGUUAAUAGUGGAAUUAAUAUUUUGAUUUUAAUAAAAAAUAACCUCAUUGGAAAGUGCUGCAUCGUGUGUGUAUUGUUAACCAGCUCUGUCAGGUGAGAGUAAAGAGA